AUGGGGAGCAGUUCUUCAGCCCUCAAAAUUUGCACUGAUCACCGAGGGGGCAUCAACUGGAUCAGCCUGAGUCCAGAUGGGCAGUGGCUGUUAACGGGCAGUGAAGAUGGGACGGCACGACUCUGGAGCACUGCCAACAACCAGUGCCAGACCCACUUUCAAGGCCAUGAAAGCUACAUCACAUUUUGCCACUUAGAAAAUGAAGUUGCUUUCACCUGCAGUGCGGAUCACACUAUCAGAAAAUGGGAUGUGAUGACCGGAAGAUGCCUCGCUAUUUAUCGUGGACACACAUCCAUCGUGAAUAGGAUCCUAGUUUCCAAGGAUUACCUCUUCAGUGGAUCCUACGACAGGACUGCACGCUGCUGGAGUGUGGAUAAGGAAAAACCGAUCCAGGAAUUCCGGGGCCAUCGCAACUGUGUCCUGGCCUUGGCACUCUACUCCUCGAAGGAUGUCCUCGAAGAGGAAGAGAUGGAGGAGGAGAUAGAAGAGGUGGAAGAGCUAAGUCAAGACUUUCUGGUGACAGGGAGCACAGACUGCACGGUCAAGGUCUGGUGGGUGUCCACUGGGCGCUGCCACCAGACCCUGCUGGGACACACUGGGGCUGUCUUGUGCCUUAUACUUGAUGCUCCAAACAGGGAGCUCUUUUCGGGAAGCACUGAUUACACCAUUCGGACCUGGAACAUUGUGACAGGGGAACAGUUGAGAGUCUUCAAAGAGCACCAAGGAUCCAUCAUUUGCCUAGAGCCAGGUCCCCACAGCCAGGCCCAUCCACGCCCCGACACCUGCCUUGCCUCACGGCUGCAGCACCAGCACAUCACUCAGCCCUCUGGUCCAUUGCGGCUGCAAGAAGUGGACCAGCAGCCAUGGGGGCUCCUACUGCACAUGGCUGCUGGUGCUGCCACUGCAAGGCAUGUGUCAGGAGGUGGAGGGCCCAACUGUGGGAGCUCAGAGGAUGCCUGGCUUUUAAGGGUAACAGCUGCUCUGUUGGAUUUCACAAAGGAACCUGGAGUAAUUUUCAGUAUGUUUACUGGAAGUGGUGAUACUUGUGCUCGGGCUUUUAAUACAAAGACUGGCAUUCUGCAAAGAGUGUUUCGGGGUCAUAAGUUGGUUAUUAACUGCAUCCAGAUUCACAAUGAAUUAUUGUACACAGCUUCCCAUGAUGGCACGCUGAGGAUCUGGGACAUCCGGCAGAUUUGUAAACGGAGCAAGUGUCGUUUGAAGGAACGGUCUAUCCAGGGUAGACAUUUCCAUAAGGGAAGCCUACCUCGCCUUUUCAACAACAAAGUGGGAUGUGUGCUCCAUCAGGAAAAUGGAGGGCCACGGGAAACGAUGGAACUUGAGUGA